AUGGAAUACCCUGGAUUCUUCUCCAAAGAGUUCGACUCCUUCGAUAUGUGGCUCUGUACUCUGAAUCCUUGUGCCGAUGAGCGCAAUGGUUUUGGUUUCCAGUACUCUGCUCUGAUAUAUGAACUGAUUCUGUCGGCAUUACUCAUCCUCGACCAGGACCUUCGGACGUGGUUGCGGGACGAUUCACGAACGUGUCAUAAACGACAUCAUAGUUUAUUACAUUUUACGAAUCAACCGGCUCAAGCGCUAGCGGUUGCAAGCGAAACCAAGCAACCUAUUGUUGUUCCGCUCACUCCUAUGCAGGAGAAGCCGACUCCGAUCGCGGUACACGGAAAUUGCGCAUCUAAAUUACCUCUCGCUCGCACUGGAACAGUGUUGUUAUCGACAGCACUAGUGGAUAUUGUCAUAGGUAAUAAUAUGACGAUUUCCACUGUUAGAUGCAUGGUAGACACGGGGAGCCAGGCAUCGUUUAUUACCGAAGCUUGUGUGCAGCGCUUAGGUCUAGCGCGCCGGCAUAGCAACGUGCCGGUGUUCGGUAUUGGUGACACCGGACCCGUGCAUCCAAAAGGUUUAGUUUCGUGUUCCAUUGCGCCUAAAGGUCAACAACAACCUGUCAUUCCGGUAAAUGCGUUAAUUUUGCCCGAAUUAAUUCCAAAAAUGCCAAGUGUACCUUUACCGUAUACCGGGUGGUCACAUUUGAAAAAUCUGAAGUUAGCUGAUCCGGACUUUCAUACGCCCCAGCCUGUUGAAAUGUUACUAGGAGCGGAUAUACUAUCCCACGUGUUACUAGGCAACACUAUCGUAGGCCCGCCGGGCACGCCGAUCGCUAUGAAUAGUGUGUUCGGUUAUUUACUUUUAGGCAAAUUAGAUUUAGAUUCUUCUGUUCCAACUUCAUUUCAAGUGUGUUUUAGCUCGUUUGACAACGACAACCUUCAGAGAUUUUGGGAGCUGGAAUCAAUACCAGAGAAACGGAGUUACACUCCAGAUGAGGAGUUGUGCGAAUCCUUUUUUCAAAAGACGCACACUCGUAAUGCGGACGGGCGAUACGUGGUCGCCCUCCCGUUUAAGCCCGACGCACCGUCUCUCGGCGAGUCGCGGUCCAUUGCGCUAGCUCGGUUUCAUAAACUAGAAUAUCGGUUAGAACGCAACCUCAAGUUGAAGGCUGAUUACCACGCUUGUCUCCAGGAAUACGUAGACCUCAACCACAUGGAGCUCGUCGAUGAUCAACCUUCAGUUAGUGAAAGUUAUUACAUUCCGCACCACUGCGUGGUCAAAGAAUCGAGUGAGUCGACGCCUACACGUGUGGUGUACGACGCCGGUUGUCGCUCAACUAGUGGGUAUUCGCUCAAUGACGUUUUACUAACGGGUCCUAAGCUUCACAUGGACAUAGUGGACGUCCUUCUUAAAUUUCGUGUCCAUUCAAUCGCGCUUACUGCCGACAUAAAACAAAUGUAUCGUAAUAUACUUGUUCGUGAAAGUGACAAAGAUUUUCAGCGUAUUGUGUGGCGCACAUCACCAGAGCAAACUAUUCGUGACUACCGUUUGCGUACAGUCACAUUCGGUGUGAAAUCGUCACCUUACCUCGCUCUGCGUACAAUAAAACAACUCGCUCAAGAUGAGGCCGAGCGGUUCAAACUCGCGUCGCCCGUUUUACUUAACGAUGUUUUCGUCGACGACGUCGUAUCUGGCGAGGACUCUGAAGUCAGCGCACUCGCGCUACAACAAGAGCUGAUAGGUAUUUGUGGGGCGGCUGGGUUUGAAUUGCGCAAAUGGCACAGCAACUCGCCAGCGUUACUCGCUGCGGUGCUGCCAUCAGAGUCUCAUGGUGAGCGGCCGGAGAACGUUCUCUUCGCUGAAAUGGAGAUCGACAAAAAGGUUAAGGUUCUGGGCUUACAGUGGAACCCUAAAUCUGAUUCAUUCAAUUUUAAAGUCCAAGUUUCAUCGAUUAAGUGUACAAAGCGUGUCAUUCUUUCAGAAAUAGCAAAAAUAUACGACCCCCUCGGGCUAUUAUCACCGGUCACAUUGUUUGCCAAACAUUUGAUUCAACUCUUAUGGAUAGCCAAAGUCGAUUGGGAUGAGACGCCGCCUGUUGACAUAGUAAAUUCGUGGUCUUCUUUCGUUGACGAGCUCCCACUCAUCUCACAAAUCUCAUUUCCGCGUUAUAUAUUUAACAAUACCAAUCCCGAACCGAUACAAAUUCACGGUUUUGCUGACGCUUCCGAGAAGGGUUUCGGAGCAUGUGUAUAUAUUCGUUACAAAGAUCAAGAAGAUUUCAUUCAAACUCACCUGAUUAUAGCCAAAACUCGCGUCGCACCGUUGAGUGUGCGUCUCACUAUUCCUCGCCUCGAACUAAUGGCGGCAGUCCUCUUAUCUAAAUUAAUUGAAAAGGUAAUGCUCACUUACAGUGGUCGUGUUCGCUUCGACCAGGUCUACGCUUGGUCCGACGCAUCCAUCGUGCUAGCAUGGCUACACUCAUCUCCGCACGAAUGGAAAACCUUCGUUUCGAACCGUGUCAGUGAGAUUUUGCGCCGCAUACCCGCGGACCGCUGGCGCCACGUCCCGUCGGCCGACAAUCCCGCCGACGCUGCGUCUCGUGGCCUUUUGCCCGCCGCGCUCGUACAGCAUGACUUAUGGUACCACGGACCCUCGUGGCUACAUCUGGGUCAGAACUCCUGGCCGAUUCAAAAUCCCGUAAGAGACACGUGCGAAGAAAAACGCAACGUAUCGUUCAUCCCACACGUGCUGAAUAGGAUUCAAGUCAGGGCUGAGCGCAGGCCAGUCCAAUGUGGCGAUAUAGACUUCUUCGAAGUAUUCAGUUGUUCCACGGGCAGUGUGACAACGAGCGUUAUCGUGCUUAAGGAGGAAGCUAUCACCGGCAUAUCCCGCAUAGGGAACGACAUGUUCCAGCAGAAUAUUGGAAAUACAAUAAACACAAGAACUAUUGAUUCCCUGAAUCAGAUCCUGACAAAUCCUUGGUACCGCAGCUACUACGAUCGGGCCUAUAACUUGUAUUCUAACGAGAAUCGAAAAACUCUUAACGCGACCAAGAAAGCAUUCAUGGGAACUCUUGAACAUAAUUUCUCGCAAAUUCAUCACUAUUCAUACUAA